CAUGAGGAGAGUUUCUACCACUCAUCUGACCAGAAAGGUCAAAAGAGUUUCUACCACUCAUCUGGCCAGAAAGGUCAAAAGAGUUUCUACCACUCAUCUGACCAGAAAGGGCAAGUGGGUUUCUACCACUCAUCUGACCAGAAAGGGCAAGUGGGUUUCUACCACUCAUCUGGCCAGAAAGGGCAAGUGAGUUUCUACCACUCAUCUGACCAGAAAGGUCAAGUGGGUUUCUACCACUCAUCUGGCCAGAAAGGGCAAGUGAGUUUCUACCACUCAUCUGGCCAGAAAGGUCAAGUGAGUUUCUACCACUCAUCUGGCCAGAAAGGUCAAAAGAGUUUCUACCACUCAUCUGGCCAGAAAGGUCAAAAGAGUUUCUACCACUCAUCUGACCAGAAAGGUCAAGUGAGUUUCUACCACUCAUCUGGCCAGAAAGGUCAAGUGAGUUUCUACCACUCAUCUGACCAGAAAGGGCAAGUGAGUUUCUACCACUCAUCUGACCAGAAAGGUCAAGUGAGUUUCUACCACUCAUCUGGCCAGAAAGGGCAAGUGAGUUUCUACCACUCAUCUGGCCAGAAAGGGCAAGUGAGUUUCUACCACUCAUCUGACCAGAAAGGUCAAGUGAGUUUCUACCACUCAUCUGGCCAGAAAGGUCAAAAGAGUUUCUACCACUCAUCUGACCAGAAAGGUCAAGUGAGUUUCUACCACUCAUCUGGCCAGAAAGGUCAAAUGAGUUUCUACCAUUCAUCUGACCAGAAAGGUCAAGUGGGUUUCUACCACUCAUCUGACCAGAAAGGUCAAAUGAGUUUCUACCAUUCAUUUGACCAGAAAGGUCAAGUGGGUUUCUACCACUCAUCUGACCAGAAAGGUCAAAUGAGUUUCUACCAUUCAUCUGACCAGAAAGGUCAAGUGGGUUUCUACCACUCAUCUGGCCAGAAAGGGCAAGUGAGUUUCUACCAUUCUUCUGACCAGAAAGGCCAAGUGAGUUUCUACCAUUCAUCUGGCCAGAAAGGUCAAGUGAGUUACUACCACUCAUCUGACCAGAAAGGUCAAAAGAGUUUCUACCACUGCCUGGCCAGAAAGGUCAAAAGAGUUUCUACCACUGCCUGGCCAGAAAGGUCAAGUGAGUUUCUACCACUCAUCUGGCCAGAUAGGCCAAGUGAGUUUCUACCACUCAUCUGACCAGAAAGGUCAAGUGAGUUUCUACCAUUCAUCUGGCCAGAAAGGCCAAGUGAGUUUCUACCAUUCAUCUGGCCAGAAAGGGCAAGCGAGUUUCUACCAUUCAUCUGGCCAGAAAGGCCAAGCGAGUUU